AUGGAGAAGGUCCAAGUUUUCAUCGUCGGAGCGGGUCCUUCUGGGCUUGCCACAGCAGCAUGCCUAUGCAAACUCUCUAUACCAUAUAUCAUCGCUGAGCGUGAAGAUUGUAUUAUGUCGUUAUGGCAGAAAUACACAUAUGAUCGCCUCAAGCUCCACAUCGCCAAAGAGUUUUGUGAGCUACCCCACAUGGCAUACCCAACUGAUUGGCCGACCUACCUUCCCAAAGAUCAAUUUUUAAGGUAUAUGGAGGAUUAUGUCAAGCACUUCAAUAUAUCCCCAAAGUUUAACACUUUAGUUGAGUCAUGCAUGUAUGACGAGGUGAGGAAAUGUUGGGUUGUCAUGACACAUAACAAGGUGGAUGGCCCAACUAUGUAUGCAUCCAAGUUCUUGGUUGUAGCAACAGGUGAAAAUAGUAUGGGAUAUGUUCCAGAGAUCGUUGGCCUACAAAGCUUUCCUGGUGAAACAAUCCACUCAUCAAGUUACAAGUCCGGAAAUGAUUAUGUUGGGAAAAGCGUGCUUGUUGUUGGAUGUGGGAACUCUGGCUUUGAGAUCGCCCAUGAUCUUGCAGUGCAUGGAGCUAACACUUCCAUCAUUAUCCGUAGUCCGUUGCAUGUUAUGACAAAGGAGUUGAUCCACCUGGGCAUGGUACUCUCAACGUGGCACCUUCCACUGAAGCUUGUAGAUCUUAUUCUUAUGAUCCUCGCAUAUAUCUUAUUAGGUGAUUUAUCAAAGUAUGGAAUUGUGAGGCCUAAUAUUGGUCCACUCACCCUAAAAGCAAAAACUGGUCGGUCUGCUGUCAUAGACACUGGAACCACUAAGCUAAUAAAAAAAGGUGAUAUCAAGGUAUUCGGUCCAAUAUCAUGCAUUCGAGGAAAUCUCAUAGAGUUUGCAGAUGGGAAUGAGAGGUAG